ACAUCACUCAGUAAAGAGAAAGAGUCAAGAUGAGAAAAAGUUCAUGCGCACCUGAAGCAGGAAUGAGCAGCAUCGCACCUCAGCAGCGGUUUCAUCUUGCACGAUAGAGACAGUUUUUCUCGAUAACAAAGACUCUGAGAAAUUAACCAAAUUAUGAAAUGACAUAAACCUUUUGGUUUGUCUUUUUUUUUUUGCCAGUAUGGGUCAACGUUAUUUACUUAAGGCCAGUGUCUUCCGUGCAACUGUCUUGUUUGCUGUGCUCGUCUCGAUCCCUCGUGGGCACUCUGACUGUGCAGUGUGCCAAUACAAGACAAACAUCUUAACAUCAGACAUCACUGUGUUUGUAGGAGACAGCUCCUCUUGCAGUGUGCAGAACGCCAGCAUUACAAGCACUCAGACUAGCAUCACAGUGACUGGACUGCUGCCUGGAAGCACGUACUUCCUCAAGAUCAACUGCACAAAUGCGUGCUGCGCUAACUACUCCACCAACACUUCCAGCAAUCUGACUAUCACGCAGCUCAACUCCACCUCAGUGUAUCUGAACUGGACGGGCCAGAUACCACUGACCAAUCAGUCUUUUACUCUCCGCCCUGAGUCUGUUAGUAACCUGUCCGUGCACUCCAUCACUGUGAGCUCAGUGAACCUGAGCUGGAUACUUCCAAGUGGCAUUAGCCUGUAUUAUAGAAUAGCUUGGGGUGAAAACCUGCUCACUACUAACCAAACCUUCAUACAAAUCUCACAACUUGCACCUGGCACCAAAUACGCCUUCAGCGUCACCUCAGUGGCCUCUGAUAACUGCACUGAGGGGCGUGCUGCCCAGAUAUCCCAAAACACAAGUCCAGCACAAGUGGAGAAUAUCACUGUGGUGAAUUCCAGUAACAGUAGUUUGACCGUGGGCUGGGCAGUCCCUCUUGGUUAUGUGGAGUUAUAUACGGUGAACAUAUCUAGUGCCGAGCUGAACACAUCCUUAAUCCAAAACAGCCCCGCCAACUCUUCAGUCAUCGGUAACCUCACGGCAGGACGUGUUUUCAACCUCACUGUGACCACCGUCAGUGGAGUCCUAAAGAACAUCUCUAACACAGUGCUGGUUGCCACUAAGCCUAAUCCGCCUGAAGCUGUCCGAGCGAGCAGUCAGACGGAUGUAUCUAUUUCUUUGGCGUGGUUUAAGCCCUUAUCAAUGGAAGGAGUCAGUGUGUCCUAUGAAGUGUCGUAUAGAUCUAACCAAUCAGGGGUCAGCCAAACUUUGAAUCAAACAAGCUCUUUAAAUGUGAUGCUCACAAAUUUAUUACCUGGCAGUCAGUACGACAUCACUGUGGUCACCGUAGGAGUAAAAGAUCUCAGGAGCUCAUAUGUAAACCUCAGUUCAUAUACAGUUCCUAAUGCAGUGCAAAAUCUGUCAGUUUCUGCUGUCAGCAUCAAUUCAGUCAAUCUGACCUGGCUCCCCCCUAAUGGGAUCUUCAGCCUGUUCUCUUACAGUGUCAACAUCACUUCACCUGAUCAGAAUCUCAGUACCACAUCCAGCAAUUAUCUGAUUACUCAGUUGCAGCCUGGGACUCAGUAUAAUUGCAGCGUCAGAGCACUCAUAAUAGCUGCCAACAUAUUUGGACCCUCACAGAUCAUACAGUGUAAUACCAAGCCACUGCAAGUGACUAAUUUAACGGCCUCUCCGGUCGGUACCACUGAUAUGCGCCUUUCAUGGUCUCGUCAGAGUGACUACAAAUCUUCAUAUCUGUAUAAUGUGAGUGUAAAUAGGGAACGAUGGAUACAGAGUAGCAGUGAGACCGCAAAUGUCACUGACCUGAUCCCAGGGAGCAGCUACACCUUCACGGUGCAAACUGUAGCAAAUGGCUUGAGCUCUGACUCAGUAGCCAUCUCUGCAUAUACAGGGCUUGGUAAAGCAUCCAAUAUUUCUGCAGUUGGCACUAUUCAGAGUAUGACAGUGGAGUGGAAACCACCAGCUGGCAUUGUGACUCUCUACAACGUCAAAAUCCUGUUCAACGGAACAGUUUUGAAGAUGGAAAACCGAACGAAUGCAUCAACUGUGGUGUUCUCAGACCUGCUACCUGGAACUCUGUACAAUGUCAUUGUCACAAGUAACAGUGGACCCAUAAAGCAGGACAGCGAUAGUGUAUCCAAUGCCACCUUUCCUACUCCUCCUGGGGAGUUUGUGACAGUGCGAAGUACAAACUCACUGAACAUCAGCUGGGGACGACCACUCAACAUGAACUUAGUAUCACACUACUUCCAGUUGUCGUACAGCAACAGCGUGCUGAACUGCAGCCAAAACUACAGCUCUCUGACGGGACUCAGUGCAGGCGUCCAGUACAACAUCACUGUAUGGACUGUGGGUGCAAUGGGAUAUUUCAGCUCCCCUCAGUAUCUCACUACAUAUACAAAUCCUACUGCCGUAACUAAUCUGAGUGUGGAUGGAUACAGUGAGACCAGUAUAACUCUGAGCUGGCAGCAGCAGGAUGUUCAGCAGUCUGGAUACUCCUACCUACUCGCCUUCAAACACCCUAAUGGCACAGGUGUAGAGAAGACUGUGAGUAACACCAGAGCACAGCUGCUAUCACUGUGGUCGGCCAGUCAAUACAAUAUCAGCAUUAUCACACAGACAGCUGGUGGCACCAAGUCUGAUCCACAGAUUAUAAGUGCCUGCAGUAAGCCAUUUCCAGUUUCAGUUCCUGUAAAACAUGAGGCUCUGAAUGUUUCUGCUGUGAAGCUGAGCUGGUCCCGUCCUCAGGGGCACCACAAUGGCUUUUCCUACCAAGUAGUUGUGUCCAACUGCACAAUAAACAGUAGUAACUUCUUGACUUUCUCUGAAAACAUCACAGUGUCAGGCUUGCAGCCUGGCACCCUGUGCCAGUUCAGUCUAUAUAGUUUGGCCUGCAACAUUCUGGGAGAACCAGUGAACGUCUUCUUCUUUACAAAGCCCUCAACAGUGAUUCCCAAACUAGAUAAUCAAGGCUCUAAUGACUCGGUCUUGGUGACUUGGGACCAUCCUGUUGGUGGGGUGGACAUGUACAUUCUGAACAUCAGCAGUGAAGGAUGGAGCAGCUCUGUAGUUCUUAAUUUCACUGAACAAAAUCACACCUUCAGUCAACUCAAAGCAGCAACUGUCUUCAUGGUCACACUCACAACUGUCAAAGCAGAUUUCCGGGAAACAUCUGAUUCAGUAAAAAUGGCCACUUAUUCUAAUUGUCUCUUUUCCAGUUCCAAACAGACAGGAAAUGUUACAAUAUUGUUGAAGAACACUCAGUCAGUGUUGUUUCAAUGGGAUAAAGCUGAGGGCAUGACAAAUGGAAGCUUCAACUACAGCCUGACCUAUUGGCCCAGCUAUAACACCGGUCCAAAUCUCACUGAUAAUAAUACUUUCCUUUUGGACGGCUUGCAAUCUGGAACAUCCUAUAAUGUUUCUUUGGCUACUGUAGGCCCGAUGGGUUUCCAGAGUGAAUCUGUCAGAGUUCAUGUAACCACCAAGCCUGAUCUUGUCCAAAACCUACAAGUUGGUUCCACAGCAACAAAUAGCAUCUCUGUACACUGGGCAAAAGUGGAAGGGGUCCCAAAAUAUGUAGUAAGAGUGUACAGCAACAAUUUAGAGAAGAAAACAACCGGUGUUAACAGCAUGACUAUAGACAAUCUGAUGCCUUCAACACCCUAUAACAUCAGUGUGCAGAGCAGCACUUCUGACGACACAGAAGGAGAUCCUGUGUGGCUGAAAGUAUGCACAGAUGCAGCUCCAGUGGAGAGUGUGGACUGUAAAGGGCCUGAUUUAACUGUUCCAAUGCUUAACCUCUCAUGGAGACCCCCUCCUGGCAAUAGGCAGGGCUUUGAAGUUAAGCUAAACUCCUCCACCUCAGAACAGACUUCUAAUCUAAACCACAUCUUCACUGGACUCAAAUACAACACUCUGUACGAAGUCAUGGUCUGGACACUCGGUUGUGGAAAGAACAGCACUGUAAAAUCGAAAACCUGUAGGACGGGAAUCACAAAACCUGUUGUACCUAAAAUAGAAGCAGUGAGUGUAUCUGAGCUACAAUACAACAAGUUUACUUUGGUUAUUCAGUCGGACAUGUUUAAUGACUCAAACGGUCCUGUGCUCUAUUAUGGUGUGCUUGUCUACUCAAACAAAAUUGAUUGCCUUGACAAGAGUAACAAUGUUGAUAAAUGCCUGUUGAACACCUAUGAGGACUGGAAAGCAAAGAAGUGCAGCACAUUCCUGGCAGUUGUCAGGAAACAGGGUGAAACAGGGUCUAGAAAUGUCCAGACACAAACAAUCAUCAUUGGUGAUGAAACCAAUUGGAACGGUUACAGAAAUGGAGAACUAGUUGCCAAAGGCAUUUACUAUUUUGCUGUCGUUGCUUUCACUCGUCUGGAGAUAAAGGACAAUUUAGUGGAUGUUUCUAAUUCAUACUACUCCACAUCUGAGUUUUACCAAAGUUCAGUCACACUGCCAGAGAACCCAGUGGUAAUUGUAGGAGCAGGUGCAGGAGUUGGUGUUGCCUUUCUUUUUGUUAUAAUCAUCACUGGAGUUGUGGUUUGUAGACGGAAGCAAAGAAAAGAGGAUUCUACUAGUGUUCCUAUCCACCCUAUAAGAAACAAAGUGAGUAAUCCAAUAAAGGUAGAGGAUUAUGAGGCUUACUAUAGGAGGCAAAGAGCUGAUUCUUUCUGUGGAUUUGCUGAAGAAUUUGAGGAUCUAAGGCCAGUUGGGAUAAAUCAGAUGAAGACUGUUGCUCUGGCCCCUGAAAACAAAACCAAAAAUCGUUAUAACAAUGUGCUGCCAUAUGAUUCAUCUCGUGUCAAGCUCUCUGUGCUCAGCAGCCCAUUUGAUGACUACAUCAAUGCCAGCUACAUGCCGGGUUACACUUCAAAGAAGGAGUUUAUCGCAGCUCAAGGGCCACUUCCCUGUACUGUCAAUGACUUCUGGAGACUGAUCUGGGAGAAAAACGUGCACACUAUUGUCAUGCUCACCAAAUGCAAUGAGCAAGGACGGGUAAAAUGUGAAGAAUACUGGCCAGCAGAGACAAAACAUUUUAACAAUCUGAUAGUGACGACUAUUUCCGAGAUCCCACUGGAAGACUGGACUUUACGUGACUUUGAAGUGAAAAAUGUGAAAACAGCAGAGACUCGAUCAGUUCGACACUUCCAUUUCACUGCGUGGCCAGACCACGGAGUUCCUGAGACCACUGAGCUUCUCAUCAAUUUCAGACACCUGGUCCGAGAACACAUGGACCAGUACUCAAGACAUUCACCCACACUUGUGCACUGCAGUGCUGGUGUGGGCCGGACGGGAACCUUCAUCGCCAUUGAUCGGUUAAUCUUUCAGAUUGAGCGGGAUGGGGUAGUGGAUGUGUAUGGGAUCAUCCACGAUUUACGCAUGCACAGACCACUUAUGGUUCAAACAGAGGAUCAGUAUGUGUUUCUCAACCAGUGUGCCAUGGACAUCAUCAAGUCUCGGACUGGCAACAAUGUAGAUUUGAUUUACCAGAACACAGCUGCACUCUCUAUAUAUGAGAACUUUGAACCCUUAAAAAAAGCCAAAAAUGGCUACCAUAAGGCCUGACCGUCUACCUAGAAAUAAUUCACUGCACUGCUGUGAAAGAAACUUUUUUUCUUUUCUUUUUUUUUUUUUAAAUUGAGUUCUAUUUAAAGAGGAAAAACAAGAAUAUAUUUAUUAAAAAGUUUGUUUAUAAAAGUAUAAGAAAUAUUUUAAAAAUUUUGUUAAACAAGUUUUUAUUAAAUACAGAAAUGUAGCUGCAGGGAUAUUUUUUGAGAGUGUUCAUAGAAUAAAGUUGAUAACAUUUCAAGGAUGUAUCGUGACAUUAUAAAAAUGGUAUUUCCUCAGACAUAGACUACAGGUGAAAUAAAGAUACACAUGAAUAGAAAUAUUGACAUGUAAACGUGUCACAUGGGACUUCAUUAGACAGUAGUGCAUUGCUACUACAUUCUAGCAUUAUCGAAGACAAGAUGGGUAUUCAAAACACCUCUUCUGUGAUUUAACAUACCGACUAUGAGCCAGUAGGCUGGCGAAUUGUUGACAGUGUGCAGUGACAUUAUCCAUUAAGGGAUAUGCUGUAGGUUGCGUCUGUAGCAGUGGCAAUCUCUUUGGUUUUCUCUGAAAUUGUUUAUUUUCAGUAAAGAUACAUGCUGACCUGUCUGUUCUUUGAUUGUAAAUGUUUUUGUUUUCCUUUUAGAAUGAGGUCAGUCAAUGUUUAUGUCUACUGAUAAUUUAUUGCAAAAAGAUUUUAACAGAGCGUGACUCUGUACCAUGUUUGUGCACUUAAAAUGCAUUAUAUUUGUACAUAAUAUAUUUUGUUCAGACUGAACUUUCAAACUAUUUUUUCAGUGUUGUUCCAGGGACUUUUUGCUUGUGUGGUUUUAAUAUUCAGCAAUUUUCUGCACAGAUUUUUAAAAUUGUUUAUUGAUACUCUGCUGGUCAUGAUAAAGAGCCAUACAGCUGAACCCUGUAUUAUAGUGAGAUUAAAAAAGCUGCACUUUA